ACCCCCUAUGCUACAGCGAACGAGAAACGCCCUCGGCUGGUCCACCUCUGCGAUUGCAACUGAUUAACUUUCGUAUUGUGGACUGGUAGCUUGGCGGGGAUACGCCCACCGAAGGGAGGUGACAACUCCCGUAAGGUGGAGGUAAGUCGUGCCUCGAGUAGGCCUUAUCCUGUCGUAGGGGCUCGUGGAAGGAAGUUUGAGCAAGAGGUAGCCAACCAAGAUGUCAGGGGGAGGGGGCGCCCCCUCGAGGAAGACCCUGACGCUCGACGACCUCAUCGAGGCCCUUGACAAGCGUGAGAGGGCGCCGAGCAAUGUUCCGAAAGUUGAUACAUUCCAUUUCAAAGGGGAGCGAGUAUCUGAUUGGCUGGAUUUGACUGAGCAGGCGCUGGUGGGACUGGCAUACGAGGUAAAGUUUCAACGGAUUCUGAAGUACGUCCUUCAUAGCCACCAUCAGGAAGUGAGCAAGGUUGUGGACGCCGCCAAUGACAGUUGGGCAAGGUUUAGGGACCUGAUGUUAAGGAAGUACAGGCUGGGAGACGACCUGCUGACCAUGGCUGACUUGGAAGCCAUGAACAAGGAUGACUUUUCCACGAUCGGGGCAUUCGUGCACGAGUUCAAGAAGAAGGCAAGGAAGGUGCACGGGAUCUCUGAAGAGGCGCAGUGUGCCAUAUUCUUGGGGUUGCUUACUGGCACGGAGGCAUCGGAACUGACGAGUCACGGAGGAGGAAGUGAGAAGCUCACCUGGGCUACUAUUGAUAAAGGAGUGGAAGAGGGGAGUUUGGACCAGGUGGAGCAGCACCAGAUGUGGCUACAGAGGCGCAAAAGAAAGGAGAGGGACGCCACCACAUCUGGGACCCCGGGGGAAAAGAGAAUCGUUACGGACGUGCUGGCGGCGUUGGGGUAUGAUAAUGAGGCGGAGGUACAGAAAAGGGGAGUGACCGUGACCCAAGGUCGGGUAUCAGGGGCAGCGGAUGAGGAGGUAGGACGUGAGGACUACGGUGGGGAGGAAACGGGCUCCCAGGCAUCGCAGGCUAGCGUGGCCGGAGGAGGGAAUCAGGGACAAGGCGGACAGGGCAAUGGAGGCCGAGGCCAAGGGGGUCGAGGAGGCGGUGGCCGAGGCCGAGGAAGAAAUGACGGGGGUCGAGGAGGUGGAUGGAAUGGCCAAGGAGGCCAGGACCAAGCUGGCCAAGGCGGCCAGGAAGGGGGCCAAGGGUAUGGGAGGCCCCACUUUGAUUGGCGGAGUGCCACCUGCUGGCAUUGUGGCUACCAAGGCCACACUAUACGAUUUUGUCAACUGCGGCGGGAUGACGAGCUCUCCAGUUUGAUCUCCACCAACAUGGAUGGAGACAUAUAUGAUAAAUAUGGGAAGUACAUUAACCUGAAGACACCCGGCGGAGUCAGGCAGGAGGCCCAGAGGAAAGAGGUGGUGGAGGUUCCAGAGGAAGACGAGGAGGACGAUGACGAGGAGGAUGAGAGGCUUCGGUUAGAGGAGGACCGGCGGGCGGAGCUAAGGGCCAAGAAGAGAGGGGCUCAAGAAGGAGCCGAGUCGGGCCUGCCUGACAACGUAUCUAAAAGGAAGAAGUAUGCAGUCCGUCUGGAAGAGGGGUUCGAUGUAGAGCGGAUGGUGGACAGGCUCCUGGAAGGUCAUAAUGACCUAAUGAACUUAAAGGAUAUCCUAGCGUCGGCACCAAGGCUCCGUGACGGACUGAAGGGAUGGCUCUCGCGAAGACUAGUGCCCAACGUCCACCUGAGUACGAUCCUGCCAAGAGAGGUAGAAUGGACUGAGGCAGGGACGAGGAUGGACUGGAAGUGUGUGGCGUGUGGCCAGGUGGAUUUGGUGGUAAGGAACCAGAAGUGUACCGGGAUGAUGGACACGGGCGCGGAGAUGAACAUCAUCAGAGAGAGGGAAGCGGUGAUGUUGGGAAUAGAGAUUGACCUCUCGGAUCAUGGCAUGCUGCACGGUGCCAACUGCAAGGCUGCCUUUUGCGGUACGGUGUCCAAUGUGAUCAUAGAGAUUGAGAAGGUACGGGCGAGGACUUGUUUCUUCGUUAUGCCCGAUGUUGAUCACUCUAUCCUCUUGGGGAGAUCGUUCCUGUGCCGCACGAAGACCCUGAUUUUUAAUAAGCACGAUGGAACGAUGAUCCUGCUCCUGUGUGAUCCGGCGUGCGGAAAUUAUGAGGUCAUUACUUGCCGGAACACGGGGCCAGGGAGUGGGAGGAACAAGCCCAACCUUGGCUCGUUAACCUUUGAAGAAUCUGAUAACGAGCGGCGGAGGCUCUGGGAGGUGUCUGAGGAGAAAGGAGGGACUGAAGUGCUGACGCUAAGCCUUACUGAUGUCAAUAAGGCUAUGGAAGUGGUGGCGGCUCAUGACAUGGCAGAUCCUGAAGCCAUUAAAGCGCUGAGGGAGCAGGUUUUGGAGAGCCCCCAAGUGGGAGAGGUGGAGCUGGUCUAUCGGCUUCCAGGCAGAAGGGGAGGCCCGACAAUGGCAAAGGCGCGAACGGAUUUGCAGCGGUUAAACGAGGUGACGGCGCGAGAUGCGGGAGGAUUGCCAAACGCGGACGCAUUAUCAGAGUCAUGCGCAGGAAGACCUAUAAUCUCGCUUAUAGACCUCUACUCAAGGCCCGAUGUGAAGAAGACAGACAAAAUCGUGGAGUGGCCAGUACCCUUCCGCUCGAUAACGGACGUAAGGAGUUUCCUCGGCACUUCCAGAUUUUGGAGAAACUUCGUGAAAAACUUUGCUGCCAAGACUGAGCACUUAAGGAAGCUGGCGCGUCAGGAUCAGGAAUGGAUUUGGGGUGGAGAUCAGGAAGAGGCUGUGAAAAGAAUGAAGGCAGAAUUUAAGGAAGGGGGUCCGGUGUUGGGGGCGCCGAACUACGAGGUCACUGAGGAGAAGCCGUUCAUCAUUGAAACGGAUGCUGGACCUACUGCCUUGAGAGGAGUUUUGGUUCAGGCGGAUGCCGAAGGAAAGGAGAGACCGCUAAGGUUCGAGAGUCGGACUCUCAAUACGACUGAGAGGAACUACUCUCAGAGGUCGGCGCAAAGGCCAGGGGAGCCUCUACACCCGAGGCUGGAGAGGGAAGUGGGUGCGGUUGUACACCUGGACCUGCUGUUCAUGCCAGCGGGGGAGAAUGGAUGUAACUACAUUUUCGAUGCAUGGGAUAACCUUACUGGGUUUGUGGAUGGUCGGGCUAUCCGCACAAAGACCGGCCCAGUUUUGGCAAAUUGCAUCGAGGAGUAUUACUUGCGCUACCCUUUUGUCAAAGAGUUCGUGAUGGAUCGAGGAUUGGAGUUCACCUGUAACGAGGUGCGAACCUUGCUUGCAGGGUACGGCGUAGUGGCAAAUUAUAGUACUGCCGCGAACCAUCAGGCGAACGCACCUGUGGAAAGAGGGCACAAUACCAUCACGAAUCUCUUGGCCAAAUGGACGGAAGGCAAGCCUGGUCAGUGGCCGAAGUUCCUGCGAGCGGCCUUCUUCGUGGAGAAUGUCACGGUGAAGAGAACCACCAAGUACGCGCCAACCACGUUAUGGUAUGGGAGGCAUGCCACCCUUCCCAUAGAAAGCUUCUUAAAGACUUGGAGGCGCCAAUACUUGGAGGUUGAUUUGUCCUUCGAGGAAUUACUCGAUAUCCGGGCACGGCAAGUAGGGGCUGUCGAAGAGAGGUUGCGAGAGGCUGUCGGUCAGGUAGAAAGGAGCCGCAUGGAGGACAAGAUGAGAUGGGACCAUAUGGCGCGAGUGAGGAAGGAGCCGUUGGCAGUAGGGGAUGUCGUAUUAGUGUACGACUCCUCUCUGGAGAAACAGUGGUCUGACUUUUCGAAGACAGCCAUGCAGAGGGGCGGGAGGGGCGCACGGCCACGACAGAGGCCCCUGGGAGCAUCUGGAGGGGGUGGUCAGCGCAGGCCAAUUGGGAGAGAGUCCACGCCUGUCUUCGACGAUGAUAACAUAGAGCUCUUCCUGGAUGCCUACCAGGCUCAUGCGGCACGAGAGGGAUGGUCUACCUUGGAGAGGAUACGACAUCUGAGGGGAGUUGGGCGUUUUGAGGAGCCGAUCUCGCAUAUCCGGGAGGAGGCUUUGACCUGGCAGGAUGUGGAGGCGAGGAUGCAGAGGCUGAGGGCUUCGCCGCUAGGAUGUGAUGGUUUGCCUAUUCAGCUGGAGGAAGGUAAUGCAGAGGAGUUCAUUCCAGCCUACGAGCAGCCAUUGGCAAGGCAGAUUCGAGACAGGGCGCAUGAUUGGGAGGACUGUCAGGCUCAGCUGAGGCAGGCGUUCCGACGGCCAGAACCAGAGAGACCUGAGCCCAGGGUUAAGAGGAGGCAGAGAAGCAAGAGGCCACGGGACCCGGAGGCGAGAGAGGCCGCUGCGACUAGAGGAGGCCGAAAGGCUUUGGCACGGCGAGAGGAGGAGCCAGCAGAGCCAUUUCAGGCGGUGGAGCCGGUUCAGGCAGCAGAGCCAGUUCAGGCAGCAGGGCCAACUCAGGCAUCAGAUCCACCCCCUACCCAUGGGCUUGAGCAAGUGGAGUUUCGCCGGAUCACAUGCAGUGACUUACAAGGCCCGUCGUCGACACUGCUAGAGGAGAGGGAGGCUGUAUCGUUGAGGACGCCGCUCGACAGUUUGGAGGCCCAUCCCGAUGCGUCCCAAUGGGAGACUUCGCAGUUGGGGGCAGACCCAGGCGAGCCAGCGCGGUACGAGCCGACAGAAGAACCAUCAGGCCUUGAGCCGGAGGCCGAGCCGCAUGAGCCAGGGGAGUUGCGAACCGAGGAGGUUAUUACCGUUGGGGAUGAUACCCCUCCUCCCACACCAAUCUCGGAGCGGGUACGGCAGUACUGGCCUGAGGGAAUUCCUGAGCCGGAUAGCGAGGAGAUUCCAGUACCGCCAUCGGAAACUAUUAUGCCGCCUUCGAAGCAGGCAGAGCCAGAGAAGCGAGAGGGGAGCGAGGGGGCGAGGACACAUACGACUGUGGCACCACAGCUAGCCGAGCAUGCAGCUGAGCCUAUGGACACUGAGGUGCCGAUUUUCGAGGAGCCACCGCCAGAGUUGCCGCCAGCAGAGGAGGGGGUGAGUGCAGGAGUUCCACUGCGAGAAGCCCACGAGAUGCGAGCGGAGAGGCCACCAAGGGAGACGACUGAAGAGAAGUUCGCAAGAGUGCAGGUGCGCCUCGAGGAGAUAUACGAGAAUAAGGUUAGGAUGGAGGCCGCAGGGGAGAUGCCGACGCCGCCAAUCGAUCCCGGGACGAGUGAGCAGAGGAUUGGUGAGGCGUGGGCUAGCUAUGAGGGUAAGAGGGAUGCUGGCCGUUUGAGGUCGCGAGAGGCAGGGAAGAAGGACGAGAGGAUGGACGAGGCACGAGAGACGGGAGACUUGGGAAUUUCAGCCGCCAGGAUGGCCAUCGAGCGUACAGACAGGAGGGUACGCCAGGCAACGACCACGUCCUUCCAGCGGUAUACCAUGAUUAGCGAUGAGUUGGCGGCUUCAAGGUUGGAGGUGGAGCAGCUGACUACCCAGUUAGCGGAAGAGAAGGCGGAAAACCAAGCCUGGAGGUCUCGGAGAAGAGGUGCGGGGACUCUUUGGCCAGAGCCGCCUCAGCAAGAGGGGAUGAAGAAGGUAUUCCUGGAUCCAGCGGAAGCAGAAGCAAGGCGGAAGGCCGAGGAGAAGGGUUUCAGCUUCAAAGCUCCCACAGAGUUGGCCUCACAACAGGCCACCCCUAUGACGAUUGAGACCCCUGCGGGCGAGUCAACGCAGAGACCCCAAUCCCCACUAGUGGAAGGGGGUCCAGCAGAGGAGUCCCCUACGAUUCUUUUGGAGGUGCGGGGAGGUACCCUUACGGGGGCAGUGGCGUCCGCUGAACCAGAGGCAAUGGAGGAGGAGGCGUCGUGCCUGGACGAGCUAGUGGCAGCUAUGGAGCUAGAUAUGCCACCAGGGGGACCUCAGAGGCACGGAGCCCCGGAGCGUGUGCUGGAAUUGGGAGAGUUGAAGACACAGUUGGGCUCCUGAGCCACGGAGGCGGACUCGGAGGGAUGGGUCUCGGAGCAGCAGCAGGAGGUUAUGAGUGAGCCAGCGGCAGCCGUGACUCCUCAGCCCUCAGAGCCG